AUUGGGCUGAAUAAAUGAACCCAUGCAUACGUCAAAACAGUUUAAGGCAGUGAAGAAAAGCCAAAGGUAUUUCUUUAGCUUUUACAUUUGAACCUGGGUGAAAUGCGUGGGAAUUAACUUUUUCCAACCCAGAUCAUUUCUAGUAACACCAGUUGGUUGUACCAAACGUAACAUCUCACAAAGUCUACCUUAAUCCGACUACAGUGCAUGAAACCUAAACCUACGAGCUCUAAAAUACGUCUCGUUUUUUUAAGGUAGACCGAAAUGGAUAUAAUUCCUUAUGCAAUUGAAAUCGUACACUAGCGGGCGGAUAUAAUUUGGAUGCAUGAUCACUUUAAGAAGGCCAUACUUCUCGCGGUAUAUUAAAUACGUACUCGCGCGUUAGCGUUACGCCAACCCUGAAUGUGAGCUGAUUGGCUGAAAUACUGCUGUUGUAAGAUGGCGCCCAUCGAAAUCUGAGUGCUAUUCAUAAAAAACAACAACUAUAGGGACAUACAGAAACGUUGGAUAACCAAAGCCUUGUUCAAUAAUUCGGUGUAAUUUUAUUUAUCGUGAUAAGAACCAAGUUUGGACUUAGUGGAGUGUUCUUGGCCCCACUAAAAGGAGCUGGACUGGUCUGCCAGGCCAGAGAAAGAGAGAGGAAUAUUUGGUCAGUUCUGGUUGCUCAUGGAUGGCUCCGGCUCUUUUGAGGAGCUGGUGAGGCUGAAGGCUCGCAGUGUUCCCCAGCACCGCAUGAAGGAGUUUCUAGAGUCCCUGGCCAACAAGGGCCCGGACGCUCUGCAGGAGUUCAGUCAACAAGGUGACGAUACGUCAACCACCACCACCACUAUGGUGUACCAGCCAGACACCAACUGCAUCUACACAGACAGCACCGAGGUGGCUGGGUCCCUGCUGGAGCUGGCCUGCCCGGUGCAGGUGCAGGUUCAGCCAUCUCCACAGCAACAGCAGGUCCAGGUGUCGACGGGUCAACAACAAGUGAUGUCGACAGAGCUGUCGCCUCAGCUUGCAGCAGCCGUCCACCAAGUAGCGGCAGAGCAACAGAUUGUACAGGUGCAGAUGGUGGGGCAGCAGCAGGGGCAGAUGGUGGGGCAGGUACUGCAGGUGCCAUCUGGCUCCCAUCAGCAGCUCCAGGGGGUCACCACAGCACAGCUAAUACAGUCUGGGGACCUCACAGAGGAGCAGCAGCAACAGUUGCAUGCCCAGUUGGUGGCAGCUAUGGCUGGAGGUCAGCAGAUCCAGAUCCAGACUGUAGGAGCCCUGUCCCCCAGCCAGCAGCAGCAGCAGCCAGGGGACGCUGCAGAGCGCAGGGUGCUGGGGACCACCAUUACCACCUCCCCAGGAGCAGGGGUCCUCCAGCCAGCCAAGAAGCGCAAGGUGGACAUGCCCAUCACCGUGUCCUAUGCCCUGCCUCAGGGCCAGCAGGUGGCCACAGUGCUGGCCAUCCCCCAAGGGCAGCAGCAGAGCUACCUGUCCUUGCGGCCAGACCUGCUGACAGUAGACAGCACCCACCUGUACAGCGCCACGGGGACCAUCACCAGCCCCACCGGAGAGACCUGGACCAUCCCUGUCUACUCUGCCCCUGCUGGGGGCCGCGAGCAGGGCGUGACCCACAUCGCCAUCCCCCAGGACGCCUACAGCACUGUGCAGGUGGCUGGGACUAACACGACCACAAUGACUAUGUCAGCACAGGUAGAUAAUGACAAGCUGAAAACGGCUCAGGCGGUGGCCACCAUGACAGGGUCUGGGGGGAUGGGCUGUCAGGAGGAGGUGGUGCAGACCCUGUCAGCCAACACGCUGUUCCCUGCCCAGCUGAUGAACGGGAACAUCCACAUCCCGGUGGCUGUGCAGUACCCCAACAGUACCCAGUCGCUCAUCUGGGACCCCCAGCAGCAGGUGCUGCACACCCAGGAGGUGACUGGGCACGGGGGCCACUUGGAGGUGGAUGGGCAGGGCCAGGUACAGGUGCAAACAGAGCUGCUGCUGCCUGCCUCCCUGAAGCCCGAAGAGGGCCUGGAGGUGUGGAAGAUCUGGGCUCAAAGGAAGAACGCUGAGCUGGAGAAGGGCGACAGUACCAAACUGGCUCCUAUUGGACGUCGCCAGGCACUGCGUUUCCAGGAGGACCUGGUGUCGAGUGCGGUGGCGGAGCUGUGCAUGGCUCUGUCUCUGAUGACCCAGGAGGCUCGGGGCAUGGAGGGGGAGACAUACGAGGCCGACGUGCUCUUCUACGUCUUCCUCUGCAUACAGAAGUAUCUGUGUGAUAAUGGCCGUGUGGAUGACGUGUUCUCUGAUACCUACUACACUCGCUUCUCCCAGAGUCUACAUCGGAUACUAGAGCCGUGGACACCCUCUGUCCAUCCACUGGGUUACAUCAUCCCCAGCCACGUGACCGAGGAGAUGCUGUGGGAGUCCAAGCAGCUGGGCGCUCACUCCCCCUCCACGCUUCUGACGACGCUCAUGUUCUUCAACACCAAGUACUUCCAGAUGAAGACGGUGGAGCAACACAUGAAGCUGGCCUUCUCCAUGGUACUGAGACACACCAGGAAGAACCCCAGCAACCCCAAAGACAAGAGCACCUGCAUCCGCUACCUGAAGGCCCCGGGCCUGCACAUAGGACAGAAAGUGACGGAUGACAUGUACGUGGAGCAGCUGGAAGACCCUGAGAACCCUCUGCGCUGUCCCAUCAAGCUGUACGACUUCUACCUGUUUAAGUGUCCACAGAGUGCCCGAGGUCGCAAUGACACGUUCUACCUGACCCCUGAACCUGUGGUGGCACCCAACAGCCCCCUCUGGUACUCUGCUCAGCCCAUCACCAAAAACCAGAUUGAGCUUGUCCUCACUCGCAUCCUCGUCAUAAGGGAAAUCCAAGAAUCCAUCACCAUGUCAACAGUGGACUUACAGUAGCUGGACCGGAGGAGGGGAAGAAUUCAUGUGGGUCUUGUCCUCCUCUUGCUAAAAUGGACCUUGGUUCACUCAUUCUUCGUGCUCCUGUUCAAUGACCUCCCAAGAGUUUCCCUUUGUACCCUGUUCAGAUGGUCUGCAUAUGCUUCUAAUGUUCACAAUUAUGUUUAAACAUCGGAGCAUACAGACGUCAUACUAAACCACCAUACACAGACAACGCACAUCUUUACGCCUUAGAGAGCCAUUCUCUCAUAACCCUACCAUCCUGUCUUUUUGCCAAAGUAAAUGGUUAUUUGUUUUC